AGAAAAAUUGUUCCUUUAAUUGCAUUACACCAAACCUAGCUCUCUUAUUUCAGAUCCUUACUUUAUCUCAUUCAUUCAUUCAUUCCCCACAACAUGAAUUGUUUUAGAUCGAACUGAUGAUGAUUCCCCCACAAAAUGCUCUUCUAGAGUGAUGGGAUUUGAAAGCCUCACAAUUUUCUUCAACAUUUUCGAUUAUUGGGUGAGAAUUAUUCACCAAUUUCUAGCCUAAACCCAAUUGGAAUCUCUUCGUUCUUGCUCAUUGCGGUAUUUAAGAACAACCCACAAACAGAAGAAAAAAAAAAUCAAUCUGAAGCAAUCCCAAUUUGGGUCUGAAUGUGGGUUUUUGCGUAAUGGGUUGUCGGUCGAUCGAUUGAUGGGCAGUAGUUUAAGACUGCUGGAGGUGGUUCCACGAGGGAGGAGAUUCGAUGGCGCUAUUUGGGUAGUGAUUAUUUCAGGUAAAAGUGGCGACCUGAAGAAGAAGGUGCGGAGAAGACGAUGCGGCUUCAUUUUUCGCCUAGCAUGAGAAGCAUCACGGUCUCGAGUAGUAAUGGGUUUAUUGACUUUAUGAAGAUCAAAGUUGCAGCUCGUCACAUUUCUUAUCGAACCCUUUUUCAUACCAUUCUCGUACUCGCUUUCUUGUUGCCAUUCGUCUUCAUUCUCACUGCUGUCGUUACGCUUGAAGGUGUCAAUGACUGCUCCUCUCUGGAUUGUUUUGGCAGGACAUGGGGACCUCGCCUUCUUGGUAGGGUUGAUGCUUCAAAGCAGAGAUUGGUGAGUGAAUUUUACAAGGUAUUCAACCAAGUUAGCACUGAGGAAAUACCAGAUGGUCUAAAGUUGCCAGAUUCCUUUAGUCAGUUAGUUUCAGAGAUGAAAGACAACCGUCAUGAUGCAAAAACAUUUGCUUUCAUCCUGAAGGCCAUGAUGGAGAGAUUUGAAAAGGAGAUAAGGGAGUCCAAAUAUGCAGAGCUCAUGAACAAACACUUCGCAGCUAGUUCCAUUCCUAAAGGAAUUCAUUGUUUAUCUCUGCGGUUAACUGACGAAUACUCAUCAAAUGUUCAUGCACGCAAUCAACUGCCUCCUCCAGAGUUACUGCCGUUGCUCUCUGAUAAUACAUACCAACACUUUAUUUUGUCUACUGAUAACAUUUUGGCAGCUUCAGUUGUUGUCAAUUCUGCUGUCCAAUCAUCUCUCAGUCCUGGAAAGAUAGUUUUCCAUGUCAUUACCGACAAGAAGACUUAUGCAGGGAUGCACUCAUGGUUUGCUUUAAAUCCAGUCUACCCAGCUACUGUCGAAGUUAAGGGCACUCACCAUUUCGACUACUUAACAAGGGACAAUGUUCCAGUGCUUGAGGCUGUUGAAAACCAGGAAGGAAUCAGAAAUUACUACCAUGGAAAUCAUAAUAUUGUAGGGACCAACCACACCAAUACAACUCCUCGAGCGUUUGCCUCAAAAUUGCUGGUUCGAAGUCCCAAAUACAUAUCCUUACUUAACCAUCUCCGCAUGUACAUACCUCAGCUCUUCCCCAAAUUGGACAAGGUGGUCUUUCUAGAUGAUGAUGUUGUAAUUCAACGUGAUCUGUCUCCGCUUUGGGACGUUGACCUCGAUGGAAAGGUUAAUGGAGCUGUUGAAACUUGUAAAGGUGAUGAUGAGUGGGUUAUGUCAAAGCGAUUCAAGAUCUACUUUAAUUUUUCCCACCCCCUCGUAGCAACGCAUUUAGAUCCUAAUGAAUGUGCUUGGGCAUACGGCAUGAACAUAUUUGAUCUUCGUGUCUGGAGAGAGUCGAAUAUAACAGAAACCUACCACUGGUGGCUGAGAGAGAAUCUUAAGUCAACGCUGACAUUGUGGAGGCUGGGUACACUACCGCCUGCUUUAAUUGCAUUUAGAGGUCACAUUCAUCCAAUUGACCCCUCAUGGCACAUGCUUGGCUUGGGAUAUCAAAACAAAACAAACAUUGAGAAUGUGAAGAAAGCUGCAGUUAUUCACUACAAUGGCCAAUCUAAACCAUGGCUACAGAUUGGCUUUGAGCAUCUCCGGCCAUUUUGGACCAAGUAUGUCAACUAUUCUAAUGAUUUCAUCAGGAACUGCCACAUUUUAGAGUCAUAAUUCACGAACUAUAGGAGGUAAAAGGUAGAGAGAGAACGCCAUAACGAACCAAACUAUGUUACUCUGGAACUAUUACUACUCGGCUAAAGAAAUUUGGAGUUUUACAUACAUGACACGGUGAGCCACAUUACGCAAUGUUUUAGAUCGAGUUAUAUUGCUGUAUGGCCUGUGUCCCGACUGAGACCAUUAUGUUUGCAUAAGCAUGGGAUUCUCUCAUCAACUCGUAAUGUAGCAAUUCAUUUGGUCUUAGUUGCUGAGGAUACCGCCUUGGUUCUCAUGAGUAUAUUUUGGAAUAUAGCAGAAUGCAUACAAUACCGAACAUCCCAUCACAUAGCUGUUAUCUACAGAGGCACGAGCAAGGCUAGGACAGGUCCAUCGGUGAGUGCUUCUCCAUAUGGUUGGUCACCGAACAAUAAUUGUCUGCCCUUCAUCCUUUUAUAUUUCAUAGUACCAUGUUUUCUAUUUUGUAUUUGAUAAUAUAUGAUGACUUUGAGGACAAGGCCUGACGGCUAUUGGUUCAUUGGAUUGGAGAAUUCUUCAUAGAUGGGUUCUGUUUUAUUUAGAUUCGUUCUGUACCAGAUAUAUUUUUAACAAUGUGAAGAAAAUUCUUUCUAUUCUGUCA